GGGGCUACGCCCCCGAACCAGAGCCGCCACCAAGUAUAGAUGCCCACCCAGACCCUCCCCUAUAGGUUCAGGUUUGCGGCCGGGAGUCCACCCAGACCCUCCAUACUUAGGCAGCCCUUUUUCCCUCCUUGAGUUGUGAGAUCUUAAUGUUGUACUGCUCUGAUAAGCCUGCAAGACUUGACGGUCGUUUACCAUUGUUUAUGAUUUUGUUUAAGUGAUCUGAGUUCAAAUAAAUAUCAAGAUGAACACUUACCAUGCUGCACCUUGGUCUACUCCUUUGGACAACCGUUACACCUAUGGCAUCAUCAUGGACCUAACGUCUAUUCUAAACACUGAGAUCGACAACAUCCGAAGUUCAAGAUACCAUUGGAUAACUUAAAGGACAAAAUCAGCGAGGAGCCAACAGUAGAUACAGUGAAACUGCAAGGUACAUAUGGCCAUAUAGUUCGUUUUUUUUAUCAUUUGGAAUUCACUGUAAUUUCACUGUGUAUGUAGAGCAACUUGAUCAAAUGUAAAGUGUGAGUAUCUGAUUGGUGGUGUUAGGUUCUAAUUAUCAGAGUAAGAACUCGACGGACACUAUGAAAGCUUAAACCAAGUUUAUUCUACCCUAAGGAUCGAACAGCUGAACCGACAAAAUACAUAUUCACACAAGCACUGAUAUUUAACCCUUUCUCCUAUGCUGAGUCUCCUCCUACACAUCUGAACAGCCAAUGCAUCUCUGUUGCUAGACAGAACCUUAGUGAUACCUGUUCUUCCUCACUUCAUCUGACCUGACCUCUGCCCCAAAACGCUCACUCCUCCCAACUCACGGCUGUCAUGUUGACUCGUACCAGACGGUGCCUUUCCUCCUCCCAUAGGAUCCUGUUGGUGUAGGUUCCUUGUUCCUUGUCAAUCAUUUGCUUAUUGGUGAAAUCAGCAUUCAGACAAUAUCUUUAGGUAAAUCAAUCAAAGACCAUUAUUAAUGCAAUUGCAGACAGAAGUUGACAACGGGAACAUAGCACGCAUGUUUCCGAGUAAGUUCUGCCAAAUAGGAAAGGGUCCAAGUUGCUUUAAUAUGCUUGCAGUCAACCCCUAGUGAUGUAACUGCCUACGUCAACACCAUGCAUAUACAGUUAUACAAACCUGCAGGAGUGUUCCUGUGUUUUCUAAGGGCUCAGCAGUAAUUUUCCACUCCCCAAGUUGCUUUAUAGUGGUAUGUCUGACUAGUCUCUUAUCUCUUUCAUUCCUCUGCAGGGUUCUGUGUCUAUGAAUCUCUUUUAGCCUUGGGGCGCUUUCUCACAGACACCCUGUUUUGACAGCAAUAACUCACACAUCUCUCAGACCGUUUCUUAUAAGAAGCAGAGACUAGAGAAGAACUGUGGAACAAUAUUAAACCUUAUAAUGUAUAUAUGUAUUGCUAAUCUGUAGUCCAGGAUCCUAUAAAUGUAGUGGGGGGGUCUUAUAGCCCUUCCCCUUCUAUUGAUACAACAUAAGCAUAAUCAAUUAUUAUAAUACAUCAAUAAUUUGGUGCAGCCCCUAUUAUGACCCCAAGGUGACCCCCCCAUCAAUCCCUAAUGGCUAACAAUAACAUAUCUUGACAUAAUGUAAACGUUAUAAGUUGCCCUCUCUCCCUCAGUGAAAGGAAUAAGUAUAUUUCAUAAGUCAAGAAAUCAGAACCCAAAAGUGGGGACUUUAAUUUUGAUGCUGAUCCAGAGGCCCUGGAGGAAAUCAGGAAGCAGCAUGCAGACUUCAUGGCUGAUGUAAAGGAGGCCAAUAGGGCCCUGGAGAACUCCAUGGACACACGGUAGGAGGUCCAAGACCAUCUGUCCAGCUAUAGCCGCUUGGGAGACAUGGAGGUGCUGGAGAAGAAUGUCAAGGCUCUGAGUGUGGCCAAGCUCAACAAAAAUGUGAGUGUCCCUUAUAGUAGUGCUUGCACUGCAUGCAUCAAAAGAGUGAUGUGUUAGCGUGAAUGUCAGUCUGUUUCAAUUGUCGGCAACCCUAUGUUCAUAGUCAGCCAUGGAAAUAUUCUGAUUUAAAGGCCCAGUGCAGUCAAAAAUGUGAUUUACGUAUAUAUUUCCACACUAUGAGGUUGGAAUAAUACUGUGAAAUUGUGAAAAUAAUGAUCAUUCCCUUUUAGUGUAAGAACUGUUUGAAAAGACUGCCUGAAAUUUCUGCCUGUUUUGGUGGGGUAGAGUUUUGGCCUGCCUGGUGACAUCACCAGGUGGUAAAUUAGUUAAUAGACCAAUAAGAAACAGAGUUCCAAACCUCUCUGCCAAUAACAUCAUUUUCAGUUUUCUCCUCCCCACUCAGACCACUCCCAGACAGUCCUGGUCAAAUUCUUGCUUGAUAAAUUGCUAUUUGCUAAGCAAUUUAUGUUUAUUUUUGACAAUUUUAAUUGAAUACACUCACAGAAAUGUACUUAAAUGUUACCCAGAAAUGAUUUGAUUUUGAGAUAAUAAUUAAACACGUCUAUAUUGGACCUUUAAACCAUCUUACAUUGGACCUAUAAACCAUCUUACACUGUGAGGCUCUUAGAUCUGUGGAGCGCCAGGCGAUGAGGAAUGCUCCAAGUCAGAGUGGGGGGGUGCGCUGUGUCGUGACAUCCUGGGACAGAGAGAAUGUGGGGGUCCUACGUGCAAGGGCAGUGUCCCUGUGAGCCACAACACCACAAAAACAGCAGACAACUAGACAAUGGCAUUGUAGACUCCAAGAUCAAGGCAUAUUUCCCCAAAAAACUCAACAGAUGUAUUUAUUUUUUCCUUUUGAUUUAAAAUGAAAAUAUCUAUUUAAUACACAAUAGUGUAUGACACAAGUCUCAAUCUAUCCUGUUCAGAUCAAUGAGGCCAAACAGAAGACUAAGGACACCCAUCACCAAUUGGAGGAGAUACAGAAGAAGAUCACUGACAGCAAGGAUGACGGGGAGAAGAAAGGAGAAGAAAGACACCAAGGACCUCAUUAAGAGGGUCAAAGACUACCUCACAGUAUCAGAUGAGAUGGUGGCACCAGAGGACAUGGAAAGGUUGGCCAAGGGUGUUCUGGCUAUCCAGCUGCCGGGCUCUCUAGACGACAUCCUCUCCAUGAUCCAGAACAUCCGGGGAAUGCUGGCCAACUUCACUGAGUUCAAGGAGGAUCUGAAAAAACUGGAGGACCAAGCCAAGACAGCCCAGGACCUACUGGAGAAUGCUCUGGAUAUCAGAAGGCUGGAGAAGGCUAAGGAAAGCAAUGACAUGGCGCACGAGAUGAUUCAAGAGAUUGAGAAGAAACGGAAUAACACAGAGACUAACUUUAACUCCUCUAGACCUCCAGAGAUGCUGGAGGAGAUUGAGGCUCUGAAGAAGAAGACAGAGAUGAACAGAGAGCAGGCGGAGCAGGCCAAAGCGGAUGUUAUCACAGCCCUGGGUAGCGCUACUAACACAAAGGAGGAUCUCGAAAAGGUGAUAGCUCUGUUUGAUAAGCUAAAGGAGGGGAACACAAACCAGGACAGUAAUGAAGUGGUCAUCGAACACCUAAAGAACAUUACUAUGGAGGCAGAGAAAAUCACAAAAUACCUUCAAGAUAAAAUUCAACAAAUUUGGCUGAUCUCGAAAAGGUGAUAGCUCUGUUUGAUAAGCUAAAGGAGGGGAACACAAACCAGGACAGUAAUGAAGUGGUCAUCGAACACCUAAAGAACAUUACUAUGGAGGCAGAGAAAAUCACAAAAUACCUUCAAGAUAAAAUUCAACAAAUUUGGCUGUAAGUCUCAAGACCUUGAAGGGGCAAUCUAAUAUUGGUACAUACUUUUUUUUUACUUUUAAAUGACUGAUUCAUUCUUGAAGAGUAUAACAUAUAAAUGCCUCAUGAGCUUAAUUCAACUGUCGUACUGCAUCUUAUCUGAAAAGGUAAGCUUGUUUGUAAACAAUGUAAUGUUGGUUAAAACUGUCAUUUUGAUCUCAUGGAUGGUCAGUCGUUGCAUCCAUUGCUCUGCCUAUGAAUUUUCAGUGUAGUUACAUUUUUCCAGCCACAUCCCUCAGCUGUUUACCAAAACAGUAGUGGGGUGACUGCUUUUGCAUUAUUGUUGUUUGAACUGCAGAUUUCCCCCUUUUAAACAGAGGUGUCCAACUCCUUUCCUGGAGAGCCACUUGGUGUGCAGCAUUUUAUUCCACCCCAGCAGUAACAAACGUUUUAAAGGAUCCACUAAUCAUUGUCUUCGUUUUCUCUUUGUCUUUGUUGUUUCGGACUUGGAGAAACAGAUCCAAGACUUCAACAACAACAAAGAGGACAAAGCCAUGGAGGUUGCCAUGUUGUUGGAGAUGGUGGAAUCCCUCCGAAGGGAGAUUGCCUCCCGUCUGGAUGGGUACAUUAACAGUACCUCCUAACACCCUAGGUGGAUCAAGAGAGGAGGAUUCAGGGUUCUAUCUUCAAGACGGUAUACAGGGUCACAGACUUCUAGCACUUAUUAUUAUGCUGACUUUACACAUUCAUAAGCAUGUCAUUGCAGAUGCCAUAAGCAGCACUAACAACUUUUUAUAAUGCCUGUGUAAUAAUGAUCAUCAAUUCUGUCAGUUCAAGAGAUUUAAAUUACAUUCAUUCAUCGAUCAAAGAUAUGUGUAAUGGAAUUGACCCUAAACUGUGACCAGUAGUAGUCAAAUAAGUUAUUUGCUAUAAUAAUUAUCUGAUCUUGCAUGUGCCAAAUGGCAUGGAUAUGUAUUAUUUUUACACAUUAAACUUUUAUUUAGUUUAUUCUGUUUAUUUACUGUUUAUAUUUACAUGCUCAAAAUGUUCUGUGUCUGGAACCUGUUCCUACUCUGAUGUCAUGUCAAAGAUAGGUUCUCUCAGGUUCAAAGUUGUAUUGUGUAAAAGGAAUUUCCUCACAUACUGUUCAUUGCACCCUAGCCUUUCAUCUCUACCUAUCGAGUGUUGCAACUGAAUUUAAGAGUGUAGUUCUCCUAAUUAUCCACAUGAGGGCGUGUGGUGGUCAUAAAACUGACA